AUGUCGUCUUUUGGUGGAAGAAGAAAUAUUCGAGCGAAUGACAUCAAACGGUUAGAAUACACAGGUGCAAACGAUCUCUGUCUCUGUCUUACUAUCUCUCUCUUUCUCUCUCUCUUUCUCUCUCUCUCUCUCUCUCUCUCUUUCUCUCUGUCUCCUUGUCUCUCUCUCCCUCUCUCUCUCAAUCUCCCUCUCUCUCUCUAUCUCCCUCUCACUCUCGCCCUCUUUCUUUCUCUCUGUCUCCUUGUCUCUCUCCCUGGUUCUUUCUCUCUCUCUGUCUCCCUGCCUCUCACUACCUCUUUCCCUCACUAUCUGUCCCCCUGUCUCUCUCUGUCUCCCUGUCUCUCUCCUUCUCUCUCUCUCUGUCUCCUUGUCUCCCUUUCCCUUUCUAUCUCUCUCUCUCUCUCUCUCUCUGUCUCCCUGUUUCUCCCUCUGUCUCCCUGUCUCUCUCUUUCUUUCUCUCUCUCUGUCUCCUUGUCUCUCUCACACUCUUUCUCUCUCUCUGUCUACCUAUCUCUCCCACUUUCUCUCUCUGUCUCCCUUUCUCUCUCUCUGUCACCCUUUCUCUCUCUGUGUCUCCCUGUCUCUCUCUGUCUCCAUGUUUAUCUCUCCCUCUCUUUCUCUGUCUCCCUGUUUUUCUCUCCGUCUCUCUCUCUGUUUCCCUCUCUCUCUCUCUCUCUCUCUCUCUCUCUCUCUCUCUAUGUCUCGUUGUCUCUCUCUCUUUUUCUCUCUCUCCGUCUCCCUGUUUCUCCCUCUGUCUCGCUGUCUCUCGCUCCCUCUUUCUCUCUCUCUGUCUCUUUGUCUUCUGUCACCCUGUCUCUCUCUCUGUCUCCCUGUCUCUUUCUGUCUCCCUGUAUCUCUCCCUUUAACUCUCUGUCUCCUUGUCUCUGUCACUGUUUCUCUCUCUCUCUCUCUGUCUCCAUGUCUUUUUCUCCCUCUUUCUCUGUCUCUCUCUCUCCCUCUCUGUCUGUUUCCUUGUCUGUCUCUCCCUCUUUCUCCCUGUCUCUCUUCCAGUCUCUCUCUGUCUCCCUGUCUCUCCCCCUCCCUCUCUCCCUCUUUCUCUCUCUCUCUCUCUCUCAUAUACACAAAUACAUAUAA